AUGGUACCUCACAGUUUCAGGUUCAUUGAAACCCGUAUCGCGUCGCUGUAUCGCCACACAUUGAAAUUCGCUUCUCCAGACAUGAAUUCCCCACACCACUGGUUUUCCUCUACAUGCUUGACUAAGAUCCCCGGUCACGUGACUCUGCCGUCCAUGUCUACCUUGGUAGUUUCGACGGGUUUUCUUUUGGUGGUGAUGGUGGUGGUUUAUGGGAUAACGAGUAACAACCGCCCUCUAGUGGACAAAGAGGAACCUGUGAUAUACUUAAAGUCUCACUCUCACCACCUGAAAAGAAAUGCAAUAAAACCACACCCAAUACGUCACCAGCACCUCAAGACUGUAAACCUUCUUCGUCGAUCGGCUGUGACGACUGAAUCAUCAGCGCUAUUUCCGGUUCCGUCCGAAUCCAUCAAAGAAGAUGGAAAAGCUAUGUACUUGUACCAUAAAGCAAUAGAAAAAGAGAGUAAUAAAAGUAAUGACUCGGAAACUGGAGCCUCGGAUGUUCACGGCAUCCACGUUGCCAGCUGGAAAUGGGAGUAUGUAAAGACACCAUUUGUUUACACUGCUUUUGUUAUUAUUGCUGGCCUUUGCAAAGUGGUUUUUUUGGUAUGUAGUUUUCCUUUUUCUAGAAUUGUUCUUGAGUCAGCAUACUCCCUCCAUGACAGUGCCUUCUUCAGCAAUCUAGGCACAAUUUUGCUUUAUGCUUUAGUGGGUACCUUACUAAACUGCUUCACCAUAGGACCAAGUCUUUAUGGUCUUUCUGUGGCUGGGGCAAUGGGACCAGUUAGCAUUGGGAUUAUAGAGUGCCUUGUCUUUAGUGCAUUGAUUUCAGCUGUGGAUCCAGUUGCUGUCUUAGCAAUAUUUCAAGAAAUUGGUAUAAACAAGGUGUUGUACUUUCUUGUUUUUGGAGAAUCUCUUUUAAAUGAUGCUGUAACUGUUGUGUUAUAUACAAUGAUGGUAGGACUAUCCUCCACUCCAUACAUAACAGCAGAACAGAUAGCCUUAGGUGUAGCAUCAUUCUUGUGUGUCAGUCUAGGAGGUUUACUAAUCGGAAUAGUGAUGGGAGUCAUCACAGCUUUGGUUACUAAACAAACACAGCAUGUAAGAGUUGUUGAGCCUUUGGCAUUGUUGGGAAUAGCUUAUUUGUCGUACUUGUUAGCUGAGAUGGUUCACUUUUCUGGAAUUAUCAGUAUAAUAGCCUGUGGUCUUGUUCAAGCCCAGUAUGCUCAGUUCAACAUUUCUAGAAAAUCUUACAUUACUGUUAAAUAUUUUAUUAAGAUGCUAAGUGCUGUCUGUGAUACAAUAAUCUUUCUUUUUCUGGGGAUGGUUUUGGUUAAUGAUGACCACAUCUGGCAGACAGGAUUUGUCUUUUGGGCAACAGCUAUGUGUUUAAUUGCCAGAUUCUGUAGUGUUUAUUUCCUAACAUUUCUUGCCAACUAUUUUGAAAGACUUCGUACCAUCAAAAUGACAGAGCAGUUUAUAAUGGCUUAUGGUGGACUGCGUGGAGCUGUAGCAUUUUCCCUGGUGAUCAUGUUGGAUACACACACUAUCCCUAACAAGCGUAUGUUUGUGACGACUACACUUUUUAUUAUUCUAUUUACAGUUUUUAUUCAGGGUAGCACUGUAAAACCUCUUGUCAACUGGCUGAAAAUCAGAACUCAGGAUAAAAGUGACCACAGUCUUUUUGGGGAAGUCAAUGCUAAGGUACAGUAUUAUGGCAGGAAUAGAAGAGGUGACAGGUGACCACAGUGAAAACUAUUGGAAGCUGUUUCUUCACAAUUAUGAUGAGCAAUACUUUAAGAAGUGGCUUCAGCGCAGCACAUCU